UUUUUACAACCUACGCAUUUGCAUUUGUCAGUUGCAGAGUAUGAUCGGCAAUUGUGUAUUACUAGAAAACCCUUGCAGGUAUCAAAGCAACUGAAAGCCUGCUUCUUAUUAUUUUAAUAAAUCGAUUCACUGGUCUGGCGAGAUCACGGAGUUGUUCUCCGUGACACAAAAAGCAAUUUUUUUGGGCGGAGAAAAGAAAGAUAGGGUGUUACAGGUGAUUGGAAAGAAAUGGAUCAGAGAGAUAGGACGUUCGAUGAUAAGGAGAAGAGUUUAGAGUUUAAGACGUUCGCAGGCACAAUGAGCGGAGGGGUUGCCGGGAGCAUCUGGGGUGCGGUGGUGGCGAGCUGGCACGAUGUGCCCAAAGUGGAGCGCAACGUGGCCCUGCCCGGUCUCCAGCGCACCCUCCACCUCAUGGGCAACUACGGCCUCACCUUCGCUGCCAUUGGAGGGAUCUUCGCCUUCUCCGACCAUGUCGCCCAACGCUUCCGGGGCAAGCAGGAUUUCUGGAACGGCGCCAUUGGUGGCUUUGUUGCCGGCGCUUCCGUCUUGGGAUUGAGAGGCCGUAGCAUUUCUUCUGCUCUUAAAGCUGGUGCUGCUCUGGCAGCUACUGCUGCUCUUGUGGAUGCAAGUGGACAGACCACAAGGAUUGAUAAUGGAACAGAGUACUAUCCAUAUACUACUGGAAAGGCCCCAGAAUCAGCAGCUGUCGAUUGAUUUACAGUUCAUUUGGCAAAACUUAUUUUAAAGGACAGGAUUUUUAAUGUUGUUAUUUCUCCAUGGAGAGUGAAAAAUAACUGGGAUUUGGAAACCAAACGAAUCUUUCUAUUAUCCAGAGAAAAAAUAAUAUGGUAUUCAUUUGUUGUUUCCAUUAAUGUUGAAUGAUAAUGGCCUAUGAUACCAGAAUGCACAGGUCAUGCUUUUCAUUGUCA